GACAACGCCCCCGCCGCACCACGGGCCAACAGACCGAGGAAGCAGUGAGACGCCGGCACAUCCAGCUGCACAUGGAGGGGGCCCUUACAGCCCGGGACAAGGUCGGAGUUCAAGAUUUCGUGCUGUUGGACUCCUACACCAGCGAGGCUGCUUUUGUAGAUAACCUCAGCAAGCGUUUUCGAGAGAACCUCAUAUAUACCUAUAUUGGAACUCUCCUUGUGUCAGUGAAUCCUUACAAGGAGUUGGACAUCUACACAGUUAAGCAGAUGGAGAUUUACCAAGGGGUCAACUUCUUUGAACUGCCACCACAUGUUUAUGCCGUAGCCGAUAAUGCCUACCGCAUGAUGUGUGCGGAGUUCAACAAUCACUUUAUCCUCAUCUCCGGAGAGAGCGGAGCCGGAAAAACAGAGGCCUCCAAGAAAAUUCUCCAGUAUUAUGCAGCGACCUGCCCCAUGACAGAACCACUGCAAGUAGCCCGUGAUAGACUGCUUCUCUCAAAUCCAGUUUUGGAGGCUUUUGGAAAUGCAAAGACUGCCCGGAAUGACAACUCCAGUAGAUUUGGAAAGUACAUGGAUAUCCAGUUUGAUUUUAAGGGCACUCCGGUAGGCGGGCAUGUCAUCAGUUACUUGAUAGAGAAAUCUCGAGUCGUGUAUCAAAACCUGGGAGAGCGGAAUUUUCACAUCUUCUAUCAGCUGCUGGAGGGGGCCGAAGAGGACCUUCUAUCCUCCCUGGGCCUGGAACGGAAUCCGAUGCAGUAUACAUACCUUACACAGGGUCAGUGUGCCAAAGCGACUGCUAUUAAUGACAAGAAUGAUUGGCAGACCGUUUGCAAAGCCUUCCCUGUCAUUGACUUUUCGGAAGCAGAUAUUGAGUAUCUCUUGGAAAUUAUUGCCAGUGUACUACACCUGGGGAACAUUGAAUAUGAAAAGAAUGACGAUGGGUUAGCCACUAUCUGUGAUACCCUUCACAUCAAAUGGAUAGCAAAGCUUCUAGGUAUCCACUCCUCGGUUCUUCAAGAAGCUCUGACACAUAGAAAGAUUGAAGCUAGAGAUGAAGAGGUUUUAAGUCCCCUGAAUGUCGAUUUGUCUGUCUCUGCCAGAGACGCGAUGGCUAAGGCUAUUUAUGGACGUACCUUCACUUGGCUGGUCAACAAAAUCAACACAUCCUUAGCUAAUAAGGACCUCACCAGAAAAACCGUGAUUGGGCUGCUUGAUAUCUAUGGGUUUGAAGUGUUUGAUAAAAACGGUUUUGAACAGUUCUGUAUAAAUUACUGCAAUGAAAAACUCCAGCAGCUAUUAAUAGAGAUGACUCUAAAGGCAGAGCAGGAAGAAUAUGAGAUGGAAGGCAUAGAGUGGGAACCAGUGCAAUAUUUCAACAAUAAGAUCAUCUGUGAUUUGGUGGAAGAAAAACACAAAGGGAUCAUUUCCAUAUUGGAUGAAGAAUGUGUACGACCUGGAGAAGCCACCGAUUUGAGUUUCCUGGAAAAGUUGGAAGAGAAAGUGGGAAAGCAUGCUCACUUCCUGACCCGCAAGCUGGCAGACCCAAAGGCCAGAAAAAGAAUUGAUUGGAUGGAAUUCAGACUCCUCCACUAUGCAGGAGACGUCACUUACUCCGUUCUGGGAUUUUUGGACAAAAACAAUGACCUCCUCUUCAGAAAUCUGAAGGAGGUGCUGUGUAGCUCAAAAAACGGCAUUGUGAAAGAGUGCUUUCUUACAUCAGAGCUAGAAAACAGAAAGAGACCCAACACUGUCGGGACGCAGUUCAAGAAUAGCCUGGCUAGUCUGAUGGACAUCCUAAUGUCCAAGGAGCCGUCGUACAUUCGCUGCAUCAAACCAAAUGAGGGAAAGGAGCCCGGCAAGUUUGAUGACUUCCUCAUAAGACAUCAGGUGAAGUACCUAGGCCUGAUGGAGCAUCUGCGAGUGAGACGGGCUGGGUUUGCCUACCGGCGGAAGUAUGAGCAUUUCUUGCAAAGGUACAAAUCCUUAUGCCCUGAUACCUGGCCUAAUUGGCAUGGUCCGGCAGUAGAAGGUGUGGAGAGAUUAAUAAAGUAUGUUGGUUAUAAACCUGAAGAGUACAAGCUGGGGAAGACCAAAAUAUUUAUCCGUUUUCCCCGGACCCUGUUUGCCACUGAAGAUGCAUUUGAAUUCAGCAAGCAUCAACUCGUGGCAAGAAUUCAAGCCAGAUACAAAGGCUGUUUGGGAAAAAGAGAAUACAAGAAACAGAAGCAAGCAGUCAUCAAACUGGAAGCCUGCUGGAGAGGGGCCCUGGCUCGUAAGGAAGCCAAAAGAAGAAAAUGGGCUGUGGAGACUGUCAAAAAGUUCAUCAAAGGAUUCAUCAAUCGAAACAACCCUCUCUCCCUCGAAGAUGGGGAAUUCUUGAGCUUUGUCAGGAAGAGCUACCUCUUGAAGCUUAGGAAUCACGUUCCAAAGAAUGUCUUGGAUAAGAACUGGCUCCAGCCUCCAGCCAUCUUGGAGAAUACUUCCGAGAUGCUGAAGAAAAUCUGCCUAAGGAACCUGGUGCGUCAGUAUUGCCGAGGAAUUCCAGCCGAAAGGAAAGCACAGAUGCAGCAGAAAGUAGUUACAAGUGAAAUAUUCAAAGGCAAGAAGGUUGGCUACCCACAAAGCAUAAGCAAACCCUUUGCAAAUAGCCGAAUAGAUGAAAGUGACAUUAACCCCAAGGUGCUACUGCUCAUUUCCAGUGAGAGAAUCCAGUAUGGGGUACCGGUGGUUAAAUACGACAGGAACGGAUUUAAACCGCGGCAGCGACAACUCAUUCUCACUCAGAGAGCAGCCUAUGUGGUGGAGCUGGCAAAAAUCAAGCAGAAAAUCGAGUUUUCCACACUCAAAGGUAUUUCCACUAGUAACCUGAAUGAUGGACUCUUUGUCCUUCACGUUCCUUCAGAUGACAAGCAAAAGGGAGAUGUGAUCCUACAGUGCGAAUACGUCUUUGAAGCAAUUACUAAACUCUGCAUUCUCAUGAAGAAAGAAAGCAUCGUGAAAGUCGUUCAAGGAAGUUUACACUUUCGUGUCGGCCCCGGAAAAGAAGGCACCGUAUUUUUCAGCGAAGGGCGGGAAGCCCAGGUCUACAGAGCCAAAAAUGGACAGCUAACAGUGGUGGCGGUCCCAAUGAAAUCCUGAUGGAUAAACCUGCUCUCCACUGGCCUUCCCCUGGAUGGAUGUUGGAACAGGAUCAGUUCCACUGCUGCGCUUCAAGUACGAAGCUUUCUGCGGCCGUAAGUGUUUGUCACGGGCAAAGAACUCACCCGCCCCUUAGGAGGGCAGAAAAAAGCACUUGGCCGUACACACUGUUUGGUUUAUGUUCAUGUCGGUUUUGGUUUCUCUCCCCUUAGACUCAGAACUAGAGAUUUUGUAUUAACAAAAGCUAAUGUCAAACCAAAUUGAGCGUCCCCAUUUUCUUAGUGUGUGCCGACUGGGUAGUUUCCCCUUCAAAUACUGUGGGGCAGAAAUCUCCCCAACAACUCUAGUUUGACCGCGUGCCGCAUCUCGUCCUUGGUCGGUCCGGGGAGUGUUCUCUGACCU